AUGCAUAGGCUCGGCAGGAAGACUCGGUCUAAGACCGGCUGCCGCACGUGUAGAAUCCGCAAGGUCAAAUGUGACGAGGAGAAAUUAUUUGCCCCUGGCCAGGAAGAGCCGCAAUGCAGGCGUUGCGCGGCGGCCCAAAUCGUGUGCGAGUGGAAGGGCGGCCCUAUCCCACGGGGUCCAGCCAAAGGGUCGGCAAAGGAUGGUCGCGCAGUAACAAGGCGCUCCGACUGUCAGCCUGUUCCGGCUCCUACGCCUUCCCUGUCUCCCACGGGCAGCCCUGGGAAUAGCAUACAAGCAGCCAAUUCGCUCGUCUUGUCUGUCUUUGAUCGUUCCUGCUUGAGUUACCUCCAGGAUUCCGCGCUGGUCGUGAUUCUGGGCAAGCAUUGGCCCUGGUCCACUGUUUCUUAUGCGUACCACAAGAUCGCAGUCAAAGAGCCCAUGGUCAUGAGCAUGAUGCUGGCGACUACUUCCAGUGAGAUCAAUCGAUCGCUUCUGUACGACCGGGACAAGGCGGAGGCACAAUUCUCCAUCGAGAGCUUGUCCGACGUGGAUAGUAGGCUACAUUACGGUCGAGCUCUCUCGGGCCUCCAAGAAGCGCUGAAGCAGGACGUCAAGUCCCCGGAACACAUUGAAGCUAUUUUUAUAACCUUGUGGAUGAUGAUUGACUACGAGAACCGGUUUGGGAGCGGGAUGGCUGGGAUUAAUAUUCACAUUUGCGGCAUUGAGAGUUUACUCUUCAACCACGUCGUCCCGUCGCUUAAGCAGUUGGAACCUCCAUAUACCACAAUGGCAGCAGAUCCAACAGGCAUAACGUGUGAUACUGCAGACAAAACCCCGUACACAAGCCUAAGCCAACAUCCCGUGCCACGGCAGGCUGUGGAAAUCUCCAAGAGUAGGCUUCGACAGACAGCGGUCCCUCUGUUUCUGCUUUGGACCUUGUACUUUUUCACCCCUGGCGCUUUGCUCUCUGGCCCCGGGGCCGCAAGGCUCGAUGCGGAUUUGUUUCGAUUCUUCAUGCAAGAGGAAGCAGGAAGUGUGGGAUUGAGCCUGUCCGAACUUUAUAGGAUGGGAAGACAGUCACCGUCCCGAUUCUGGGGGGAGAUGUACCCCACGACAGCUCAGCUGGAUGAUAUGGAGAAUCUCCCUGGCUUGACACUAUAUCACAAGAGCCAUGUGAUACAGUUCCGCAUUACAGAGUUGUUUCGAGAAAGCGCCCCUUUGGAGAAAAACUGCGAGGAGAUCAUUGAUGAACUCAUCAUGUUAUCUGAUGAAUACGAUAUCUUGCUGUCUUCCGCCAAAUCCGCUCCCUCGUGCGAGAUCGUGGGCGACGGACGUCGCGUGAUGGAAACGGUCUUUUGGGCAGCCAUCACCUAUUACGGCACGAUUGUGUAUCUUCACCUGUGCUGCAAGGACAAUUUCGCCGAAGGAUUCCAGCGUGCAGAUCUGAUGUCUCUGCAUGACGCCGUUUGCCAGGUUUUGGAACUCUCCUUGAAGCUCCAUCGCAGCCGACCGCACUUGAUGGUGCGGAUCAUCUGGCCUCUUUUCAUUGCAGGAAUUGCCACAUCCGACAGGAUAUACCAAGAUUGGGUGUCUAUCCGACUGCAUGAGCUCGGCCGCUAUGGGCUGAACUACAGCCGAGUCAGCGCUCGCUUCGACGAGAUCAUCCAAGGAGGUGAUCCAUUUGCACACGGCCAGAGACCCUUAUGUGCAUAG